CAGCUAACUUCACUUUGAGCUGUCACAGUCAUAUGAUUUCUACUGCUUAUCGCUUAUCGCAUUAUCAGUAAACAAAAUUAUGGUUGAGAAGGCCAUCACUCCACAGGAAAAUAUAGAUGAGGACCAGGAUUCCGAUUCUACAGUCUGCGAUUCAGAUGUGAAUGACAUGAGCCAAGCAGGUACAGUAAUCAAUAUUAUGGCUGAGAAGGCGAUCACUCCGCCGGAAAACAUAGAUGAGGACCAGGUUUCCGAUUCGGAGCUCUGCGAUUCAGAUGUGGAGGACAUGAACCAAGAAGACUGGGAUGCCCUGACCAGUCAACUAGAUGCACUCAAUUCAGCCCUAGACUCUGUUGAGCAGAAGAACGAUAAUAUUUACUCUCAGCUGCAGAAGCUGUUGCAAGAUAACAGAGAUCUCAGGCAGCAAAUGCAGAAUCAACAGACAAGUAAUGAGGAAAGCAACAAAUCUGCACCCCAAAAAUAAUGUAAUCAACAUUCUCAUUGAUUGUGUUCUGAUUUAAAUUAACAUACAUGUUAAAAUAGUGCUUGAACAAAUGUAAUGUUAUUACUUUAGUUUAAUCAUUUAAAUGAUAAUUAUUUUUCGAGUAAUAUAAAUUUAAAUUAUUACAAGCUGAAACAUCUGUCGGAAUUUUCAGGAAAUAAUCAGUAUGUGUGGUUGCGGAUGUCUACGCCUGUGUCAAUUAAAACUCGAAAAGCAAUUAGCAUUUAAAUUAUUAAAAGAAUCGUUCAAGCACUAUUUUAACAUGUUUGUUUAUUUAAAUUAGAACGUUUUUAAAGAAGUGGAUUUUAUACAGCACCAAAAUGCCUGAACAACAUUUGAAAUAUUGCUAACAGAUGGCGCCAGCAGUCACAAAAUAUAAUAUUUAUUUUGCGUCUAAAGUGCACGCAACCGGACAUACAUAUAUACUUUGAUGAACAAAUAGGAAAACAACGUCUUAGAUAAUGGGCUGUAUUUUCGUAAACAUAAGCUCCCAGAAUAAUACAUCGAUACAUUGAUGUUGAUCUUAAAUAUACACGGAUUAAAAUGAGCGUAAAUAUUAAUUUGUAGCUGCAAUGGUGUCUUCAUAAUUGAUUAACAAACUUUGGUAUUUCACAAAUGAGUUGGGAAAAUAAAGUCUUCGAAAAUG